AUGGUGGAACCAAUAUUUGGAGUAUUGGGAGCUUUAGCUGUGGGAUUAGCACAACCCGCAUUACCUUAUGCACUGUCUUUUGCAGCGGGAGCAAUGAUAUACGUGGUUAUGGACGAUAUUAUACCUGAAGCCAACACUAAUAAGAAUAUGGACCUUAAAGAAAAAUAUGGUCAUAUGCUUGCGAAAUUAAAAAGCGACAAAGAAAAUGCUUUAGCCCUGCGUAAAGAGAAAACGAGACAAAAGAAAAUUGGUAAUAAAAAUGAUUUUCAAUCUACGAUAUGCACAAAUAGUUCCAGCGGUUUUAAGAAUAAUAAUAUUGUUCCUUUUACUCAAAGCAAUUCAAAGACUGAAGACAGCGUGGAUAUUGAUAAUAGAUCAUGUUAUAAAUAUAAAUGUAUAGCUAAAACUGUUUGUAAGAAAAAAGACUCAAGAAAGAAAACUAAAAUAAUAAAACGUAAAAUCGGUAAAUCUAAAAAGAAAAACAAGAAAUUUGUUACUUCUGAAACUGUUAGAGAAAAAACUAAAGAGAGAGUACGUCGUCACAGAGCAGGUUUAAGUGAAGAAGAAAAAGAGAAGAAACGAGAGAGGGAUAGGGAAUAUCGAAGGGCUAAGCGGUUAAAAGAUCCGUCAUUUAUAGACUUAUCCGACAGGGAAAAAAUAAAGUUGAAAAAGACUUGGAGAGACAGUAAACGAAAAACUAGAUCUCGAAUUAGGAAAGAAAAACUACUCGAAAACGUGCUAAAUGAGAAAACUCCACCUGAUUCUCCAGAGAGUCUACGUGCGGAGAGUAAUGAUGUUAUUCAGAUGGAGAUUUGUCGUACUUCUUUUCCUAUCCCUAAAGAAAGGGCACUUGCAUCACCACCUGGGAAUCAAAAUAACAACACUGAGAUAAUAAGCCGCACUAGUUCUUCUAGAAAAUUAUGCGGAAGAAAAAAGGUUUCCCGAGAAAGAUCUCAAGUUUUUCGCAAAUUAAUCAAGACUGAAGAAAAGCUGAAGGAAGCCGAACUAAAACUUAAAAAUUAUAAACGCCAAAUUGAUAAGUACAAAAAAAGAUAUGAAAGAAUGAAAAAUAAAGUAAAUAGUUCCGAAAAUCAAGUAAAUAUCAUUGAUUCUCCAUCUCCACGCACAAAGGUUAGACAAAUGUUAGGCAACAAGCCCGUGUUCGAAAAUAUCAGAAAGAAAUUGUUAUUAGGCGAAAUAGUCACUUCAGAAUUAACAAAGAAAAAGAAAACAUCUGGCAAAAAAAGGAAACAAAUUAUUGCCGAACUGGUGUCUAAUAAAUAUUUUAAAAAGUACAGGCUAUUAAAUGCAGCGAAGGGAUUGUUGGAUUAUAAUGAUAGAAAAAAUAUUGCAAGUGGAAAACUAUUUACCUCUAUAAACAAAAAGAAAAAUACAAAAUUGAUUCGAGAACAGGAAAAUAUAUUGAGAUUUCUACAAGAUGACCGGAACUCAAGAAUGUGCCCUGGUAAAAAAGACCACAAAAGAAAUCAACAAAAGAGAUUGCUGUUGAUGUCCAUGAAAGAUAUUUUUACCAAGUACAAACAUCAAUAUAAGUCGACUAUUUCAUACUCUUCUUUUUUAAGACUUCGGCCUACAUGGAUUGUUCAGCCCAAGCUAACAGAUAGGGAUACUUGCCUAUGUGUUAAACAUGCAAACUUUGAAUUUUUACUUCACAAAAUGUACCAGUUAAAGAUAAUUAAGAGCAAAAAGCUAGAUUCUGUGUGUUCAAUAUUUUGUUGCAAUAUUAUCGACAAGUCCUGUAUGUAUAGGCAAUGUAGGGAAUGCUCUAACAAAAAAAUCGACGUAAGCACUGAUCUUUUAAGCACAAUGCACACAGUUAUGCAGUGGAAAAGAAUAAGUGAAAUAAGACAAAUAAAAGGAAAAGAUAAAGAAGUACAUAGAAUGGUUAAAGGAUGUAAUCAAAUUUCGGUAAAAGAUAUGAUGGUAAUGUUCGAAAAGCAGCUGGCACCGUUUCUAAAACACCAAUUUAACAUGUGUCAUCAGUAUAGAGAAAUAAAACAAAAAAUUGCUUCUUUGGACCACAACGAAACUUUACUAAGAAUCGAUUUUUCCGAAAAUUUUGUAUGCAAGUAUCAUGCUGAGGCACAAGCUAUGCAUUUUGGAGCUUCUAAGGUACAAUUGUCUUUACAUACUGGGGUUAAAUACACAAAAUCGUUUGGUAAUAUUAAAACAACUUCAUUUGCAACUUCUUCUGAUUGCUUAGAUCAUGGUGCACACGCUAUAUGGGCACAUUUAAACCCCAUUCUUUUAAAACUAAAUGAGUUUCCCGAAAUUGAUACUAUUCAUUUUGUGUCAGAUGGGCCAUCGGCACAAUACAAAAACAGAUAUAAUUUCAGUAUAUUAACCCAAAAGCUUUCUCAAAUUUGCCCUUACAUAAUAAAAUGUAGUUGGAGUUUUACUGAAGCAGGGCAUGGGAAAGGACCCAUGGACGGCGUAGGCGGUGUUCUUAAAAGAACAGCGGACAAGUACAUUUGUAGAGGAAAUGAUGUCGCCACGGUAUAUCAGUUCGUAACCCUUCUACAAAAGGCGUGCCCAGGAAUUUUUUUGUUUCAAGUAAAAAGUUCUGACAUUGAAGAAAUGAAAAGUUUCAUUAAAGGCAAAAUUCCUGCAAUUCCCAAAAUUAUGCAGCUUCAUCAGAUAACAUGGACAAAGAGUGAGGGAAAUUCAAUUUAUCUCCGUGAACUUAGUUGCUUUAAAUGUGACUUUAACGCAGUUUGUUUGCACCAUACAUUAGGCAAAGGAAAAAUUUCGUUUAACAAUAAAGCAUCUAGUUCAAAUUAUUCACAAGCAUUUGAAAAUAAUUCGCCAAUUGUAUUAACACCAGUUAUAAUACCAAACGAUUCUGAUAACCCAAACAGUGUACAAAGGGUUGGUGAAGAUUGGAUUGCUGUUGUUUAUGGUUAUCAAUGGUAUCCAGGUGUUAUCCUAAAAUCUUUAAAAGAAAAACUGAAUGUGAAAUUUAUGGCUCGUCACGGUGGUUGUUUUAUUUGGCCCAAAAAAACAGAUAUACAAGAUAUCGAUAAAAAGAAAGUUUUAUAUUACAUAAAAAAGCCACCUUUUGAGAUACCAGGUACAGCAAAAAAUGCUCGUUUUCAGUUUCCGGAAUCUAGCAUCAUUGACGAAUGUUUGAAAAAUGCUUUUCAAAAUUAAAUCUUAUUAUAUAUUUUUUUGUUAACUUAAGUUAAUUUGUUGUGUCAGAUACUAAUUAAAGUCAG